GAAACGGGGAAAAGGUCGAAGCCGUGCCCCGAAUCUCCUUCCGAUCCGACGCUCGCGUUCUAUUUCGUACAUAGAAAUCGAGAGCGAAACGAGGAAGAAGAAGGGAAGGCAGGGGCAAGGUAAAGACGAAUGAUCGAUGGAACGAUAGAUCACGAUCGAAGACCACGGCAUCAUAUGCGGCGACCGCGAGAUCUGGAUCGGUAAUUUGUGGAGGAGGAAGCAGAAGAGGAUUUAGGAGAUGAGGAAGAAGCUCGGUACUCGGUUCCCUGCGUCACGAAUAAAGAAGAUAAUGCAAGCAGAUGAAGAUGUUGGCAAAAUUGCAUCGGCUGUGCCUCUUCUUGUUUCAAAAGCUUUGGAGUUAUUCUUGCAAGAUCUUUGUGACAGGACAUAUGAAAUCACCCUUCAUAGGGGAGCCAAGACAUUGAAUUCAUCACACUUAAAACAGUGUGUGAAGACUUACAAUGCUUAUGAUUUCUUAACUGGUGUUGUCAACAAGGUACCAAACCUUGGUGGCAUGGAACCUUGUGAAGAUGAAAAAGGAAUUUGUCGAAGAAGGAAGACACUACCACAUGGUGAUGAAGUUGAGAGCAAUGAGGAUCUCCAGUCAAGGUCCUCUAAGAUGGCUAUGACAAAUGCUAAUGUUAACCCUAGAGGACGUGGAAGAGGCAGAGGAAGAGGUAGAGGACGACCACCUACAAGGCAUAGAGAUGUAGGAUAUGUGAAGUAUGAGGAUGACAGCAGCAUGUUUGGUGAACAUGAUGAGGCCCCCUCGGCGUUGCCAGGUCAGCAUGAAGACGCAGAGAAGGAAAGCACUCAUCAGAGUGAACAUCCUUCCUCGACUGCAGUUACUGAUGUAGCUGCAACUUCACCCAUGGAGACUAAGCAAGAACAGCACCCAGCUUGGCCUGUUCCCGAUGGAGUAGGCAGCAUCAGCAUAGAACCAUCAAGACUUGUACAAUUAACAAUGCAGAUAGAUGAGGACGAGGAUUAUGACAAAGAAGAUUAGAGAAUAUGAUUUCCCAGAUGAUACUAACAAAGCUAUCUUGUUCUGUAAAUAAUUUCAUACUGCACAUUUUGGCUAUUCCUUAUGUCCAGCGCGCUAGUGGAACUUGGGUCAGAUACACAACUGAUUGAUGGUUCAUGUCUAAUGCUGGAUGUAAUGCUAUAGUAGCAUUUCUAUUAAUCUUUAGGUUUGUCAAGACAAAUAGGUCACUGGCAGAUUAGUGUUUUGUGUUGUAAUGGAUUUUUCAAUAGUUUUAGGUCACUGGCAGAUUAGUGUUUUGUGUUGUAAUGGAUUUUUCAAUAGUUUUCUAAUUGUUUCCUAGUUCUUGAAA